AUGCUUGGGGGAAACCUCAUUGCGAUGAGAGAUCCAGCACUCUGUGAGACUUGUCAUGUCCAGUGGGCUGCCCAAGGCCAUCUCCUUUCGCCUACUCCUGUUAGUGGUGGUGAUAAUGAUUCGGAUGGGGCUGAGUCAGUCAGCACUGUUGACAAUGAGCCUCCCCAAGGUGAUGUACUUGCCCUUGAGGAGAGUGGCCCUUCAGUGCCAGUAAACCAGGCUUCUGAUUCUGGAGGGAACAUUUCCUAUCCAAGUCUUUCAACGAUAUCAAAUUUUGCAGCACACAUGCGAUCCUUGAUGCCUGAUUCAGCUGGAUCAGGCAGCUUCUCGCUCUCAGCCCCUACUCAAGAGGACCUUGUCUUGAUGCUUGAGGCUGAGAUAAUUGCCUGUUAUGAUGAUGAUCCUAAUCUCAUUUCGCUUGACAAAUUUGUCGGAAAUGUCCUCUCAUUUACAAUUGAGAACUCAGAACACACUCAGGGUUAUGGGGUGGUUCGUGAAGUCAUUUUCCAGCUUAGUGAGCUGUUGUUCCCAAAGUCUCCUGAAAAUGAGAAGCUUCUAUAUUUGGAAGGCAUACCCACAAGCAAGGAGCAUAAAGAGCUUGCCUUUGUUCAUGGAGUUGUCACUGCAUUGUUGAUUGUGCAUCUUUGUCGUCUUCCUUGCCAACUUUGUAUACUUUCUGUGCUUCUUCAUCUCAAUUAUGGGAAGCAUGAAGUUAUCACUGACAGUAUCCUCACUGAACAUCACCAAGACCUUUCUUUUGCACUUGAUCAAUUUAAAGCUAGUGGCUCCUUCACUGCAAUACAGUCCAUCGCAAUUCCAUACCUUGAGGUUGAUGCUGUGACAGCUCGACCCAUGAUUGCCACUGAAGAGGCACAAGCUAUUUUCUCUCAAAAGUUACUUCUUGCUUGCAUACAAGGUCCAGGUCUGGUAGGGAAUAAUGAUGAGGAAGCAGCUUUCAGGGCUGGUCUGAAUCUUAUAUGCUCAAAUGGGUUUCAGUUCAGUGAGGCAAGUCAGCUUGGGGUGCUUGUUGAUGGAGGUAUGCUGAUUUACUGCAGCUUUGCAAGAUGUAUUCUGGUGGAUGGGAGGGCUUUCUCCGAAAGCCUCGUCGAGCUCUCAUCCUCCUCCGACGAAAUUCCGAAUUCCAAGAUGCCAACUUCCAAUCUCUAA